GAAAUAGAAUCUAGACAUUUGGAUUCUGUGGUUCUUCGGCGAAAUGAUGGCAGUUGAUUUCGUAUCAAUUAGAAAGUUUUAAAAAUUAGUUUCUCUUCAGCGAGAAAUAAAAAUAUUUUAAGUGAUCGGUAACGUGAUAUGUCAGAUAAUUACAAAAUGUCUGUUGCUGAGUUUUUAAAGGGCCUGCCUUCUCACAAUGAAAAUAACUUCGCUAAUUUUCAUACAGAUAGUGGAAACAGAACUUGUGUAAAAAAACCUUCAGUUUAUCUUCCUACAAAAGAUCAUCCUUCAGAACAAAUUAUAGUUACAGAGAAAACAACCAUACUACUAAGGUAUCUUCAUCAACACUGGGAUAAAAAUCAUGCUGAUAGAAAACGUGAUUUUUUGUCUGCUAAUGGUGAUUCUGAAGAUGAUGCUGCUACAGUUCAUAGCAAAAGGCCACGUCUUGAUUUAAACAAUACCAUAUAAACUGCAACUCAGUUAUAAUUAUAAUUUCAUUAUUAUUCACCUACCUACAUUUCCAUUAUUUGCUAAACUAAUUUUCAUUGUUUAUUAAACUAUAUGAUUUUUAAAUAUUAUAAACAUAUCUACAAUUCAGAAAAAUUAUUUCAAAACGUUGCUUUUUAGAUGUUAAAUAUACACAAAUUAAAUAUUAUGUGAAUAUUACAAAUAUAGGAAAUAACGUUUUCAAAUAAUGUUUCUUUGGAUAUGUGAAGUCAUUGUAAUAAAAACAAGUAUUACAUUAAUUUCAUGUUCGUCGCUUUAUACUAUAUUGUAUAUUUAACAUUUGGUUCGAAAAAUUUGUAUUUAGCAUAAAUAAUAAUUGCUCUAUACUGCACAAUAUGUAUAGGUGAACGUGUUCAUUGUUAUUAACAACAAAACAUGACUAAUGUAACAUAUGUGCGUUACGAUUUAAGAAAAAAUUAUUAACAUUUUAUUAAUUUAAGAUAUAAUAGAGCAUUUAUUGAAAUAAUUUUGUAAAUUUGUUUUACAAUGCACAUGUUUUCAAAUCUAUAUUACAUAUUUAUGU